GGAUUGCAGAUUCGGAAGAGAGCCCAAACCCAUCGCUAAAAAAUCUUCUCAAUCCCCCUACGUCACUUCAUCUUCCCCCACACUUCAAUCGGCGACGUAAAGCUCUUCUAUCAAUAAAUCACAUCUUAAUUCCGAGUUUUAGAGAUUGAUCCAAUCCGGCGAAUUGCAGCAAUAAAAGUACCUCUUUAUCUUCCAUAGUAACCGAUUGAAGGCUUCCCUAUAAAUAUCGGUCUCCUCCUUCUACGAUGAGCGCACCACACACGAUAUCAAACAGGAUUCUUAUUUGCAGCAAUCAAUUUCCAAAUCUUCAUACACUCUACUUGCUGAUUUCAGAGCCGGUCGAUGCUCUAAUACCGCGGAGGUGCGUUUGCUGCAUUUUUUGGAGGCCAGAAAUAUCACCAAGGGAGACCUCAUCAGCGUUGACAUGUUCAUCAUCGAUGAGAAGGAAAUCGUCCCACAAGGCGACACUCAUGCGUUCUGGUGGACUAGACAUGAAGAUUGAGUUUCCACAUCCACCAGAAGAAGCAAUAGCCAUAAUCUUGCAGAUUGUGAAUUCACAUCUGCCGUCUUACAUCGUUGCGAUUCCGGUCUGCGGUACAGUUAGCUUGAACAGUUAUCAUAGUGAACUCAGGAAGAUACUCUUGAUAAAGAUUGUGGUUCUUCUUCUAUAGUUCUGUGCUUGUGGUUCUUCUUCUAUAGUUCUGUGUUUAAGGUUAUAGUUUCUUCUUCUUUUGCAAACUUGGGAUCUAUGAUGUCAUGUUAGUACCUAAGAUAGCUGUUUGUUUUCGUUUUUAGUCCUUUAGUCACUGUUGGGUUUGCCUUUGAGUUUAACUUCUAUUAUUAGAUAAGAGUUUGUCAAAUGCAGCUGGGGAUUACAGUUUAUGUAUUGAAUAUUACAAAAGUAUAUGAUGAUUUUGAGGGAUUAUUCUUGCAGGAAAUAAUCAAUAUUCCUGCUAAACUUUGUGGUCUUAAAUGUCUUAUUUAUGAGAUAAGUGACUCAUUUUUCCUGGUUCUUUUUCUGACUUGGUUGCUUCACGUAUAAGCUUGGCUACUGACAAGCUUCUUCUGGUACAAUCUCUGAUGAGAAGUGGCCAUGUUGUUGCAGCCACCGAAGAUGGGACAAAUGAUGCUCUUGCGUUUCAUGAGACUUCUUGAGUGGAUUUGCAACCGUAUCUUCCAAUGGGAAAGCUGCAACAGAAGUGGCAAAAGAGAGUUUAUCAACAUGAUGAUUUCUUUCGUUUUAGGCUAUCAAACGUAUCGUUCUUUGCGAGUAAAAUGAAGAAGAUACUUAUACUUGGUGGAGCUUUCUUUGCGUUACGGAAUGUCAAUCCCACAGAUGGAAUGUCCAACACCUCUAAACGUCCUCUUGAAUCUUCACAAAUGAGUAAGAAAUACAGGUUUCAUGUUUUGUGGGUUUUCUCCUAUGUAUACAGAUAUAUUGUGACCUGGACGUAGCUGCUGUUUUGUUGACAUCUAAAGCUGAUAUCACUAACCAAUUAAAACUAACAGGUGAAGAGAACUUCCUCAUUCUGUAUCUUCUAUAGACAUUUUUCAAUGUCACAUUGUAAAUUUGUAAUCCACUGAAAGCAAGUCUCUUACACUGUUCAGACUUAGACAGCUUAGUGCUGCGUGACUCCAAGGGAAACACACGAGAUUGUCAAGUGAGAUAAUUUUUUUACAGAGACUGGCACGUCAACUCUGAUGAUGUUUAUGGUAAAGCAAGAAACAGUGAGCUAUACAUGGUUAUGAAGUUUCAAGUUUUGAUUCAUUUUUUUUUGUUGCUGGUUACCGAAGUGAAUUCGUAAAUAAGCAAAUAUGUUUGGUGGGCUUUGAUCGAUUUCAGAGUAUAGGCGAUGAAGCUGUGUUUUACGUUUGUUUGUUAGAGAAAUGAGAUCUACUGGUUUGGAGUCGGGUAUUUAUGAGAAGGAUGCACGUGGUUUGCGUCUGCUGUAGGUUAUUUUUUGUGUAAAUAAUUUGUACGAAAUAUUUAUUAGAGAUCUAACAUUUUUCAAA